AUGGAAAACAUUGAUUAUAACGAUUCCGAUAGUGAAUCUGUAGAUAAAAUUGAAAAUUUUCUUAUUCUAAACUUCGAUAACAAUACAUAUCAAAAUAUUAAGGAUAAAAUAUUACAACUAGAUGGUGAUAAUAAUGAAGACUAUGACCUUAAUAGUGAAAUAGAAGAAAUUAUAUUACAUGAUGAGUUAAAUAAAGGAUUUGAUGAAAUUAUACCAAAUAUUCCUGAAAAUAAAGAUAAUAAAUACACACCUUCUUUAAGUGAACAGAUAUAUAAUGCAUUUCAAAAUCCAGAUCCCAACAGUUAUUCUCUUUUUGAUUACACAACCCAAAAUACUACGAAAGGAUUCUUCAAUAUGGAAACUUGUUAUCAACAUGGAAUAGAAC